AUGGCAUGGUGGCAGGGCCAUGUCUUUAAAAGCAGGCGGGUUCCAUGCACUCAAGAUGAUUCUUCUAUCGUACGGAUUGGUCUUGAGAGUGUUUAUGAUCUUGGCCAGCUGGUCGUAGCCCUUGCCUGUGUAGUCUGUGUCGCAGUCGAUGUAGUCUGCUCCGAAAUGUCUCCAUUGGAACCCGUACACCGGGCCGAGAUCUCCUUCUCUUCUGUGAGUCAGUCCCAGCGAGUCCAGGUACUCUCUAGACCCGUUUCCUUCCCAGAUCUUGACGCCCUUGACGGUGAGUUUUUUCGCGUCGGUCUCUCCAGCGACAAACCACAGAAGCUCGUGCAAAAUGCCCUUGAAGAACACUUUCUUGGUGGUGAGCAGAGGGAAGGUGCCGUCAGAGAGCGAGAACCGCAGCUGUGGAGGCGCAAACAGAGAGAAGGUACCGGUCCCCCUUAUAUCAUGUAUUCCAAGCUUGGAUCUUCAUUGAGGCGUCCAUUGAGACUGAGAGCCUUCUCCACCGCUACAACCAGUGUUUCUCCAAACACCAAGAAAGCUGUGCAAGGUGUUGUUGCUGCUGUUGGUCUUGGUGCCGGAUACGUUCUUUACCAAGACUCGCAAACUGCCCAAGCCAUGACUGCUGCCGAGCACGGAUUGCACGCUCCUGAAUACGGAUGGUCCCACAACGGCAUGUUCGAGACUUUUGACCAUGCCUCGAUCAGAAGAGGUUUCCAGGUUUACAGAGAGGUUUGCGCUGCCUGCCACUCCCUUGACAGAAUCGCUUGGAGAACUCUUGUGGGAGUGUCUCACACUCAAAACGAGGUUAGAGCCAUGUGCGAGGAGUUUGAGUAUGACGAUGAGCCUGAUGACCAGGGUAACCCUAAGAAGAGACCUGGUAAGCUUGCUGACCACAUCCCAGGCCCAUACGCCAACGAACAAGCUGCCAGAGCUGCCAACCAGGGUGCCCUGCCUCCUGACCUCUCGCUGAUUGUCAAGGCCAGACACGGUGCUUGUGACUACAUCUUCUCCUUGUUGACCGGUUACCCAGACGAGCCACCAGCAGGUGUCCAGUUGCCUCCAGGAUCCAACUACAACCCAUACUUCCCAGGUGGUUCCAUUGCGAUGGGUAGAGUUUUGUUUGACGACCUUGUUGAGUACGAGGAUGGCACUCCAGCUACCACUUCCCAGAUGGCUAAGGACGUGACCACUUUCUUGAACUGGGCGAGCGAGCCUGAGCACGACGAGAGAAAGAGACUUGGUAUCAAGGCUAUGAUCAUUGUUACCUCUCUUUACUUCCUUUCUGUCUGGGUUAAGAAGUUCAAGUGGACUCCUAUCAAGCACAGAAAGAUCACCUUCAACCCUCCAAAGAAAUAA